UCGAUUGGGGUAUUCAGAGAUCGUGUUGGGGACGCGUCGCUUCAUGGAUGGAGAACAUUGUCAAACUAAUACGCUUACUAAGAUUACCUUCUCACGCAACUUCUACCUUCGUACAACCUGCGUGAGUCAACUUUCAUUGCAAGAAGUCACAACCUCCGCAAUCCCUACACCUCACUCGUAUCUUCUGGCGCGCAAAUAUGGCGAUAGCUGUUGUUACACCGAGCAUUGUUGGCGCUUUGUCAUGUCAGAAAGACUCUUAUCUGCAGACACUGGAGACGGAGGUUGUCGCGUGCGACGAAUACAUCCCACCAAAAGGCAACCCGCAGAAUGGCAAAGCGAAAUCGAAGAAAUCUACAGAUCCUUCGAAAGUGAAUGGCAAUGCGGAAUCAGCAACACAACGAACAUGGAUGAUUGAAUUUGCAGACUCUGUGCUCUUCCCGGAGGGCGGAGGGCAACCUACCGACUAUGGCUUCAUCACACCACUCGGCGUUAAAGGGAUGAGCGCAAUACCAAUCGAGAACAUUCAACGGCAUGGGCUACGGUGUGUACAUUUCUCGCCGGCACCUUUGGAAAUCGGAAUGAAAGUCAAGCAGACGGUGUAUUACGCACGAAGAUGGGAUUUCAUGCAGCAGCACACAGGUCAGCACUUGCUCUCUGCGAUCAUGGACGGCAUGGACCUGCCAACCUUAGGCUGGAGCAUGGGGCAAUCUGGAGAGACGAACUACGUUGAGCUACCACGAAAACCCACAGAUGCGGAGAUCGUCAGGAUCCAACAAGAGUGCAACGCGGUAAUACGCGAGAAUCUGCCUGUGACAGUCGAAACACCGGAAGGCAAAGGAUCGUCGAGCCUGCCGGCUGAUUACGAUGGAGAGAAGGGUGUAGUAAGAUUCAUCAAGAUUGGUGAUUUGGAUUACAAUGCCUGCUGCGGUACACAUCUCAAGCAGACAUCACACAUCGGUCUGAUCCUGCUGCACCAUACGCAAUCGAUACGAGGAACCAACUGCCGACUCUUCUUCACCGCUGGAGACCGCGCUAUCAAUAUGGCCACUGAGUCGAUCAAUGGUCUCCGUAACAUCGCUAUAUCUCUCUCAUCAAGCGCUGCACCCGAAGAGGUUGCAGCGAAGGUACAGGGUCUUAGUGAACAACUGUCAGAAGCAAGGAAAAGGGAAAAGAGGAUGCUCUCAGGGAUUGCGAAGUUCGAGGCCCAGCAGAUCAAGGAGACGUUGCAAUGCGCUGUAGGCGCGUUCUCGCACCGUGCCGAUGAUGGGCUAGACUUUCUCAACCUCGUUCUCAUUGAACUCAGAGAUGUGCUCAAGGGCAAGGGUGUCGUAGUGCUGUGUACUGGCGACACGAAAACACCUGGCUCGUUGGUAAUCACUGGAAAGACAGAAUUGGUGGAGGGCUUAUCAGCCAAAGUCAAAGACAUAGUGAAAGCAGCGAAGGGAGGUGGCAGGGGAGAAAAAUGGCAAGGCAAGGUUACUGAGUGGCAGAAGGGCGAAAUUGAGGCGUUGAAGACAGCAGUGGAGGAAUUGUGAUAUGCAUGAGCAGAAUGAUGUCCAACAAUCAAACG